CCGGGCAAUGUAUGCUAGUUUUUACCUGAGAUCGCGAUACCAGGUUUCCAUCUUCCUGAAUGAAGUUAUAAGUGAUAUGGAGUAACACAAAAUGUAUUCAUUGAAAUGUGUAAUUGUGACAAUUCUGUAUUUUUUUGGAGAGAUUUGCAAAGGUCAGAGAGUUUUUGUUUCACAAGAUGAUACUAGAUGGGACGAGUCUAGUUGCACCUUGGCAGUACCAAAGAUAACCUGCAAGGAUAAUAGCUCAUGCAUUGUUGAAAAUUAUUUGGAAUUUACUACAAACGAAGAAGAUCAAGACAAUGGUUUUUGGAUUGGAUAUGCACAAACAUGGAUUAGUUAUGCUUAUCUUGGAUGUGGCCACUUAAAUGCUGGAGCCGAAUAUUUUGUUUCAACUUUGGGAGAAUGCAGACGUACAACAGGAUGCAAAACAUUCGGUAUACACAAAUCAAUAGUGGGUUUGCGAUGUAAAUGCGCCAGUAAAAUCGACUCGUGGAUUCAAACAAGCGGAGAGAAAUGUAGAGAAGUUGAUCAAUAUCCGUGUGGAAACACAGCUGCCACCAUCUUUUCAUAUUACACUGUUGAAAAUGUUCCUCCUAGCGAACAUUCACAUAACAUUCACAACAACUGCCUACAGUUCUUUUAUAAGAAUAGACCUGGAAAUGAUUAUCAUUGGGAGUCAUGCACUUCAAACACCUUCCCAAAUCUAUUAUGCAGCAAUAAAUAUUUUUCAGAAUAUAACCCGAUGGCGGAACAACACUAUCAAAGUGAUGGAAUUUGGGCUCAGGCUGUUGAAAACUGCGUCUUUGGAGGAAAAUUCCCUGCAUCGAUACAAAGUAUUAAAAAUGGGAAUUUCACAGACCAGAACAGCCAGAACUACUGGACAGGAAUAAUUAAAACAGAAUCUAUUAUAUCUUUGAGCGAUGUCCUUGACAAUAGCACCAAUCCACCCUUGACGUAUGCAUAUGUGAAAAAGAUAAACCAGACUGCUUACGUCAAGUUUGCUUACAAAGGUGAAUCGAGAAAAAGCUUGUGCGAAGGAGUAUCGCAUCCUGAAGGAACAGCAGCGCCCUUAGAUAAAGACAAAGAAGGAGGAUCAACGGCAGGUCUUGCUGCUGGGUUGUCCGUAUCUCUUGUAUUGCUUAUAACUGUGACGGUCAUUGUGCUGGUGUUCUUGAAAAGAAGGGGACUUCUUACAAAGUGUUACACACGAAAGGGUGAAAAGGGCAACCGUAACGAAGACACAAGAACAGAAAUAUCAUUCGUGUCAACACCGAUAUUUGAAUCUACUACAAACACAACGAAUGACUUAACUGCCUCCAAUCAUUCUUAUUUUGUGCUUGAAAAAACGUUUAAUAGAGAAACCAAGGAGGAGACGGAACACUAUGCAGAGCCAGAUACGACUGAUGUUGUUGACCAUUAUGAAUUGACCGAAAUAUCACAGAAAGACACCACUAAUGAUGAUUACGACACAACCGACGGCAAAAAGGGCCCAGCCAAGUCUGGAUUGGCUAAGUCAAAUAACAAUUAUAACAAAGUCACGUUACAUCAAUCUAAUGAGUACGAUCAUAUUCAUCAAAAUGGAAGGCCGCCAAAGUCGGACAGACAAUCUGAAUAUGAAUACGAUGUAUCGAAUAACGUGAUCGACGGAAAACGCAAUGACAAUUUCGGAGAUGACGGUGAUACAUACAACCAUUUGAACAAACAUGAAUCGGAGAGCUCUGGCACCGAUAACGUUUAUGGAAAGUCAGCAACAGAUGGCGAUAGUGGAUAUGAUACUUCGAGUGCUCUAAAACCUCUUAGGAAUAAAGAUGCAAACGAUCAGCAAGCUGAUUAUGCUGUGAUAAAAAAGAAAUGGUAGGAUUAUGUGCCAGUUAAAAGCUAUUUAUGUACUUGACAUAAUCAGAUUCCACGAAAAAUGAAAGAAAUCGAAAUUGCACGCAGUGAUUGUCAACUUAACCAGGACACAUGUUUCCGACUAAUCCCAUUCGUGUAGGUUUGCCCCUUACUGUGUGUACAUAUACUAAUCAAAAUGGGCUCAUUAAUUAGUUAAGCAAAACAUGAAGAGACAGUCAAUUUGUAUCGCCCCAAUAACAGCUUCGGUCUUCAGUUUCAACUCUUCAAAGAAUUUCGUUUAUUACCACUUAGAUUUUGCGAGCGUUUUUUAAAGCUUCGAUUUAACUGUACGUCUGAAGUGAAACCAAUGAAACAUGUUCAUAUAAGGACCCCUUAUGUUAGAAUGAGUCCGUUUCUUUAAUUGUAGAUUCCGCGUUAUGCGUAACAGAGUACGAAAAAUCGCUGACGGCGUCAGUCGGUGUUUAUUUUAUGUUGAUUAACAUGCCGUAUAUGUUGCACUUUGAAUCAAAGUUCACAUGGUGAUUUUCGGUGGAGAGAAAUUCGCGAUCAUUUAAUGCUUUAGAAAAUGCACAUGCUAAGUUUAUUUGUAUAGAGUAUUAUAUCGCUUUAACAUAAUUAAUAUUAAUUCUUUACCAUUCUAUCCAAUUUUGCGUUUGUGUUUGUAUCACUUGUGUACGUUCAGUGUUGAAUUAGUUGUUUCUUAUAGCCAUAAACACUUCAGUUUUUAGCAAA